CUUUCUUCCUCGCCGCUGGCCGUCAUCUCUCUCCGCCUUUCCUUCUUUCCCUUCCUGUUGCUUGAGUAUUUAUGUAAACAUAAGCACCGAAAUUCGCCGCUUCCCAUUUUUCUACGCGACUGCAAGAGGCAACGAAGGAGGAGGAGGGAGGGAGCGAGCGAGAGAGCAAGAAUCACCUACUUUUUGCUUCUCGAAUCCACCUCGUUGCCUUAAAAUUUUGCUUCCUCUGCGUUUAUUUUGCUUUCCGAGUAGAUCUGAUCGCCCCUGCCAACUGACAAUUUUCCUCCCUGCCUUCUCAAUUCAAUCCUUGAUGAGGCUCUCGGUCAAGAACCUCGUGUUCUUCUUCGCCGUGGUUUUCUCGUGUCCUUCUGGAUUUCCUUCUCCUUCCUCACCUUCCUCGAUUUUUCGUUUCCUAAUCAGAGAGAAAGAAACGACAAUCGGGAAGAAAGAUAGCGGGGAAGAGGAGGAGAAGAUGACGACGACAAGAGAAUGGGGAAUUGCUUUGGUUCAUCUUCAAGAUCUACCACUCCUGCAGUCGCCACACCGUCGCUCGACGUCAAGGACCAGCGGUAGCGAGACGACCACCGGGAAGCUGUCGAACCUCAGCAACAGCACGACCCUGGGGGAGUCCUCCGGCAACGACAUCAGCGUCGAGAAGGUGUUCCCGGAGGGGAGGAUUCUGGAGGUGCCCAACCUUCGCGUCUAUACCUUCGUCAAGCUCCGGAGCUCCACUAGGAACUUCAAGCCCGAGUCCGUUCUCGGAGAGGGUGGAUUCGGGAAGGUGUAUAAGGGCUGGGUGGAGGAGAAGACUCUCAAUCCUUCCAAGAGCGGCGUGGGCACGUUGGUGGCCGUGAAGAAGCUCAACCCUGAAAGUGUGCAUUGGCUGGAGGAGUGGCAGUUUACAAAUCUCAAGUACUCCAGAGUUGAAAUUGAUGAAGUGCGGUUCGAGUGGUCUCUGGCGGAGCAAGAGGUGGUAACGCUACCUGCGACGACUGCGUCUGAGCAGGAGCCCGCCACUGAAGUGGUACUGGAUACUACGCCAGAAAAGUCUGAGAGGGUGGCGACUGAUACUGUACUGAUGGCUGAGACUGCGUCUGAUACUUAUCAUGUGGCUGGGACUGCAGCUGAUACUGCCCCUGAGGCAGAUAAUGAGAUUCCGGAAUGGAGCUCUGGGGGGGAGCACUCCGCUGUUGGCCAUGCGAAGGUUGGGCUCUUCGCCCUCCUCGAUAAGUUUCGGACUGAUUGGACUGUCCUCCAUGACCAGACCCUCCAGAAGUCAUAUGCUGAGUCUUCUGUGGACAAUCGCGACUCUGAUGCCCAGGCAGUGUUGCUGGGUACACCGUAUGUACUGGGGGCACAGGUGUCGCUGGUGUCGUAUACACGGCAGGCCCAGGUGGCGGUGGUGCCGAGUACGCCAUAG